UGGCCGGGGCGGAGCGCGGCAGGAAGAUGGCGGCCGGCAGCGCGGGGCAGCGGCCCAAGGGAGGGCAGGCUGAGGACAGGAAGGUGGACUGGCGCCGCUGGAAGCAGGAGAGGAAAGCCGAGAAGAAAAAAUGGAAGGAAAUGAAGCUGCUGAAGAAGCUGGAAAAGCAGCGGCUGCGGGAGCUGGCAGAAAAACAAGCUGAGAAGCAGGAGGAGCAGAAGGAAGACAAAGGGCGUCCCUACACGCUGAGCGUGGCCCUGCCGGGCUCCAUCCUCAACAACGCCCAGUCGCUGGAGCUGCGGACCUACCUGGCUGGGCAGAUUGCCAGGGCCUGUGCCAUCUUCUGUGUGGAUGAGAUCGUGGUGUUUGAUGAGCUUGGAGAAGGUGCAAAGACUGUGGAGGGGGACUUUGAAGGAAUUGGGAGGAAAGGCAAAGCAUGUGUGCAGCUGGCUCGGAUCCUGCAGUACCUGGAGUGCCCUCAGUACUUGAGGAAAUCCUUCUUUCCAAAACAUGAGGAUCUGCAGUUUGCAGGGCUCCUCAACCCCCUGGACAGUCCCCACCACAUGCGUGUGGAUGAGGAGUCUGAGUACCGGGAGGGUGUCGUGUUGGACCGGCCAACUAAGCCAGGCAGAGGCUCUUUUGUCAACUGUGGGAUGAGGAAGGAGGUGCAGAUUGACAGGCAGCUGAACCCUGGGCUGCGAGUCACCGUGCGCCUAGAGGAGCCCCAGAAGCCAGAAGCCAAAGUGCGGAAGGGCACCGUGGUGUCCUCACAUCACCCCCGGACUGUGUCGGGCUGGUACUGGGGUUACAGCGUCCGCCUCGCCUCCUGCCUCAGUGCUGUGUUUUCUGAGUGCCCCUUCCAGGAAGGCUAUGAUCUCUCCAUUGGGACCUCAGAGAGAGGCAGCUCCGUGGACCAGGCCACUCUCCCCUCCUUCAGGCACGCCCUGGUUGUCUUUGGAGGGCUUGAGGGCCUGGAAGCUGGGCUUGAUGUGGACCCAAACCUGGAGGUCACUGACCCAAGCCUCUUGUUUGACUUCUACCUGAACACCUGUCCCAGCCAAGGCAGCCGAACCAUCCGGACAGAGGAAGCGCUGCUGAUCUCACUCUCUGCACUGAGACCCCACAUCAACAAGGCUGUGAAGACACCCAGCGACACCUGUGGGAAGGAAAACCCCUGACCUGGCCACCAGCUGCAGGUGCCUGGGGGACACAGCUGGACAAAUAAAUGGCUCGGAGAGCUUAGCAGGGCCAAGGCACAGCCUGACUCAAGCUGGCAGUGCUGGGAGCAGCAUGUCUGCACCCUCCUGCUUGCAUGGUCCAGCCCAGGGCUGGGUGCUGCCCCUUAGCUGGGACCAGCCUGGCAGCAGGUUGGGUUGCAGCAACUCAGAUGUCUGGGGUGGGGAAUAAAGCAGUGUGGAACCUCA